AUGAAUAAAAAUAACACAAGUUCUUUUCUUUCGCUUUGCAUUUGUGCCCUCCUUCGGAAACCCAUAUUGCUUAUUUCUGUACGCUUGGAUGGAGAAGAAAAAGGUCGUAACGUUUGCACCGAACACCUUCUGUCCGAUCAGACGCGGAAGCUUGAGCGCCAGGGGCCUGCCCACAAGCCACUUGACUCUGAUGCCGAUAAUGACGUGGUGGCGUCUGAUUCGCCAGGGGACAAGCGCCCCAGCCUUGAUGACGAGAAAAGUGGUGGGUCAGGAACUGCAGAACUAGUCACUGGAAAAAGCAAUUUUGAAAGGCCAGUUGUAUACUCUUUCAAUGAUUUAAGAGCCUUCACCAACAACUUCAGUGCAGAUAACUUGAUUGGAUUAACUCAAUUUGGUAGACUUUACCGUGGGAAGAUUGAGAAAGGAAAGGAAGCUCGAUUUGUUACAGUAAAGACGUGGGAUGAGAGAUCAGACCGUUUCUUGUACCCUCCAAAUAAGACUUUGAUGCUCAGGGAAGAAGCGAUGCUUUUAACUCAUCCAAGCAUGAGGGGUCACCCAAACUUAGUCAAAUUGGUUGGUGGUUGCCGCCAAAAAGAGAUGAAGGCUGCUGUUUAUGAUCUGAAUCCCCUGGAUACUCUGCAUAACUAUAUGCAAAGGGGUACCUUCAUUAAGCUUAGUAAAGUAAGGGAACAAGGUAGAUUGAAAGUUCACUAA